UUCUAAGUCCACGCGCCACGGAGAGGGAAAAUUGCGAGCGAGCUACAAGAAUAUCCACAAAAAUGGCGAUUUUGCAGGGUCUUCGGAUCUCAAUUUCGCUUUCACAAACUCUUCCACCACUCCUCCAAUCAGGCAAAACAAAGACAAGCAAAACUUCCUCAUUCCAUCAAUCUCAUUUCUUUCUCUCUCAUUUUACGUCGCAUUUCCAUCGAAUUCGAAUCUGUUACGAACUUCAAUUUUUGCACGAUUACGUUACUUAGGUUUGAUGUUCAAUGCGUGUUUGAUCGAUGAUUUCAAUUUGUUGAAAAUGUACACACGCAUGAUACUGGUGGACGGUGAUUUCUGUUCAGCCUAGGUUAAAAUCCAGGAAAUGGGCAUGCCCGAAAACAUAAUUGUCGGUUCUCACGUUUGGGUUGCCGAUCCAGAAUUAGUUUGGAUUGAUGGAGUAGUACUGAAUAUUAAUGGAGAAGAAGCUGAAAUUCAAACUAGCAAUGAGAAGAUGGUAGUUUCCCGUCUGUCAAAAUUACAUCCCAAGGAUACAGAUGCUCCUACCGAUGGUGUUGAUGACAUGACCAAGCUUGAUUAUUUGCAUGAGCCAGGAGUGUUGUAUAAUUUGAAAAGUCGAUAUAAGAUCAAUGAAAUAUAUACUUAUACUGGAAAUAUUCUUAUUGCGAUCAAUCCCUUUCAAAGUCUUCCACACCUGUAUGAUGCUAAUGCAAUGAAAAGAUACAAGGGAGAGAGAAUCGGAAAUUUAAGCCCACAUGUUUUUGCUAUUGCUGAAGCAGCAUAUAGGGCUAUGAUUACUGAGGAGAAGAGCAACUCUAUUCUUGUUAGUGGUGAGAGUGGCGCUGGUAAGACAGAAACCACCAAAAUGCUUAUGCUUUACUUGGCAUAUUUGGGUGGCAACACUGCAUCUGAAGGACGGACUGUUCAACAGAAAGUUCUAGAAUCAAACCCAGUUCUUGAAGCAUUUGGUAAUGCAAAAACAGUUAGAAAUGACAAUUCCAGCCGUUUUGGAAAAUUUGUUGAGAUUCAAUUUGAUAAGUAUGGACGAAUAUCCGGUGCAGCUAUUAGAACUUAUCUGCUCGAGAAAUCUCGUGUUUGCCAAAUCUCAGAUCCAGAGCGUAAUUAUCACUGUUUCUACCUUCUCUGCGCUUCUCCUGAGGAAAAGGAGAAAUAUAAGUUGGGGGACCCAAGAUCAUUUCAUUACCUUAAUCAAUCCAGUUGCUAUGAAUUAGCUGGUGUUAAUGCUGCUCAAGAGUACCUUAGCACCAAAAGAGCCAUGGAUAUUGUGGGAAUCAGUCAGGAGGAGCAGGAUGCAAUUUUCAGAGUUAUUGCUGCUAUUCUCCAUCUUGGAAACAUUAGAUUUGAGAAAUCAGAAGAAACAGAUUCAUCAGUUCUAGCAGAUAAAGAUUCCAAGUUCCAUCUCGAAACAACUGCAGAACUUCUAAUGUGUGAUCCUAAUGCUGUGGAAGUUGCACUAUGUAAACGUGUGAUGAUCACCCCCGAAGAAAUCAUCGAAAGAAGUCUUGAUCCUGUUGCCGCAACAGUUAGCAGGGAUGGUUUGGCGAAGACAUUAUAUUCUCGUUUGUUUGACUGGUUAGUCCAGAAAAUUAAUAUCUCCAUUGGGCAGGAUAGUAACUCAAAAUGGCUCAUUGGUGUUCUUGACAUAUAUGGCUUUGAAAGCUUUCAAACUAAUAGUUUUGAGCAGUUUUGUAUUAAUUUUACGAAUGAAAAGCUGCAGCAGCACUUCAACCAGCACGUUUUUAACAUGGAGCAAGAGGAAUACACAAAAGAAGGGAUUGAUUGGAGCUACUUAGAAUUUGUAGAUAAUCAAGAUGUGCUAGAUCUCAUUGAAAAGAAACCAGGUGGAAUAAUUGCUCUGCUUGAUGAGGCUUGCAUGUUUCCCAAAUCAACUCAUGAAACAUUUUCAACAAAGCUUUAUCAGACAUUCAAAGAUCACAAACGCUUCAUCAAGCCAAAAUUGGCACGCUCAGACUUCAAUGUUGUUCAUUAUGCAGGGGUGGUCCAGUAUCAAUCUGAGCUUUUCAUAGAUAAAAACAAAGACUAUGUUGUCCCUGAACAUCAAGUCAUGCUAAGUACUUCCAAAUGUUCAUUUGUAUCAGGCCUUUUUCCUCCACUUUCUGAGGAGACAGCAAAAUCUGCUAAGUUUUCUUCUAUUGGCUCUCGUUUUAAGCUACAACUAAAACAUUUGAUGGAAGCGCUCAAUCUGACAGAGCCCCACUAUAUUAGAUGUGUGAAGCCAAAUAAUCUAUUAAAACCUGGGAUAUUUGAGAACAUGAACGUCAUGCAGCAAUUACGUUCUGGUGGUGUUCUUGAAGCAGUGAGAAUAAAAUGUGCUGGAUUCCCCACUCACAGGACCUUUCAUGAAUUUUUAACUCAAGUAGGCAUUCUUGCUCCAGAGAUUCUUCGAGGGAACUUCGAAGAAAAGGAAUCGUGCAAAAUGAUUUUAGAGAAGAUUGGGCUGACAGGUUAUCAGAUGGGGCAAACGAAAAUAUUCCUAAGAGCUGGUCAUAUGGCAGAAUUGGAUGCUCUGAGAGCAUACAUGCUUAGCAACUCUGCAACAAUUAUCCAAAAGCAUACUAGAACUCAUUUUAGUCGGAAAACAUAUACUACACUGCGGAAGUCCUCUAUCUUUGUGCAGUCUAUUUGCAGAGGAGAAUUGGCACGGAGACAAUAUUAUCACAUGAAGAGGAAAGCAGCUACCAUCAAAAUUCAAGCCUAUACACGUGGAAGAUUAGCCAGAAAAUGCUACUCUGAAAUAAAGAUUUCUGUCGUUGUCUUACAGUCAGUUUUUCAGGCUAUGGCUGCUCGACGUGCUCGUGAUAAAUUCAGACAUAUAAGGCAAACUAGGUCAUCAACUAUUAUUCAGUCCUAUUGGCGGCGACAUAAAGCUCCCGUUGACUAUCAGAACCUUAAGAAAGCAUCAAUCAUUUCACAGAGUGUCAAUCACUCUAUCAAUGAACAUGAGAAGAAGGUUGUGGAGAUAUCAGUUGAAAAUGAAAGUACUGCCAUGGAAGAAUCUUCAAAUUCACUCCACAAGGAAUCCUCAAGUUCUUUCCAAGAUAAUGAAAGCAUUCAAGCUAUUAAAGAUUUCUCUAGUCCCCUCAGAGACACUGAAAGCAAUGAAGCUAUUAGGGAUUUCUCUAGUCCCCUUAGAGACACUGAAAAGAUUGAAGCUCUCUCUAGUCCCAUCAUAGUAGCAUUAUCCUUAGCAUUGUAUAGUUCUUUUUUGUUUUACCUUUUGUUAGUUUUGUCAUAUACUUGUUUAUAUUGUAAAUAAAAGUUUUCUAAUAUAUGAGUAUUUUCUGUUUUUAUUUUUA